AUGUUGGGUCAGGACGUGUUGAUCGUUGCUGGUAACUUGUGCGACACCAGGAACGCACUUGUGCGUGCGCUGACAACUCUAAAGGCUAAGUUCCGGCGUGUCUUCUACGUCCCUGGGAACCACGAAUUGUGGCUCAAUGCUACCGAGGCAUCCAAGUACCCUGACUCCUUGGCCAAAUUGCUGGGGAUUAUGGAAACUUGCGACGAGCUCGGGGUGGACUGUUUCCCCGCUGCUGUGAGUGAGGACGUUUUUGUGGUUCCGCUCCUGUCAUGGUACACUGCAGAGUUUGAUGAGAAGGACCCUUUCCCCGACCCAAACGCAAACUUUGAUCAUCAAUGCCGGUGGCCUUUGGAUCCGGAAACGCAGGCGCAGCCACCCAACAUUUGCCAAGUGUUUUUCAUUCGAUGUCCAAAGAAUGCAUCGAUGAUGUAUGAUGAUGUAUCAAGUUUCAGUAUUUGCACAGCUAGUUCACACAUUUGUAUGUUGUGUCGUGUGAUUGUUCUGUGUCAAAGCACAUGCACCAUGUUAAAGACCUUCAGGUGCUGA